AUGGCGCCUGUCACUCCCACUUCCUCCUCCUCCGCCGGGACGGGAAUCCCGGAAGCUCAUCUGGCCCUCUUGCAUGAUAAUGUUGAUGAUAGCUUCAUGACUGACUUCGCCACAGCGCCCUUGUUCACAGAGAAUGUACGCCUAGCCGUUGAUUAUGAAUCACCUGGCCCUGACGACGAGCCAAUAUUCUCUCAGUACGGGCUGCUUGGCGGUGAUGUUACCGCUGGUAAGCUCGACCGCCUUCGAAGCGGAGGUCUGGAUCCCCGUGUGUUCUACAACACUGCAGCGCCCUCGAGUACUUUCAUCUGUGGCAGCCAAGGUUCCGGAAAGAGCCACACCCUGUCUGUCCUGCUGGAGAAUUCGCUCGCCCAGUCUGUCGCCAAUGUGCUGCCGCGACCCUUGACCGGCCUGCUCUUCCACAGAGAUAGCUUCGUGUCUGAGACGGCCGGCGCACCAUGCGAGGCCGCGUAUCUGUCGUCCAACCCUGAUAUCAGCGUCCGGGUUCUGUGUGCACCGUCGAAUAUUAUGAAUAUCCGCCGGAUCUACAGUAGCCUCCCGAACGUGACCGUGGAGGAGCUUCGUAUUAACCAAUCCGACUUGAACACGAGCCGCAUGCUCGGUCUUAUGGCCGUUCACACCGGAAGGGACGGGGGAAUGCCUCUGUACCUGUAUGUGCUCAACCGAAUUCUCCGAGACUUGCGCAUUGAGCAGCAGCGAAGCGGACUGGCAUUCAACUAUGGCAAGUUCAAGGACACUAUCAGCAGGGAGGCCAUGCUUGACAGCCAACUGCUUCCGCUUCAACAAAGGCUGGAGACGCUGGAAAGUUUCAUGGUUCAGGACCAGGCACCACAGUAUAAACUCGGUAUGAAGAAUCAGCAGUCACAGAAGCAAUCACCCAAGGCAAAAAAAUCAUCCAUGGUUUGGCAAGAUAUUGCGAAAGGCAACAUCUGGUUUCCCAAGUCGGGUCAGCUGACGAUUGUCGACCUCUCCUGCCCAUGCAUCACUGCCGAAAUUGCCUGCUCCCUCUUUGGAAUUUGUCUCAGUCUGUUCCUUGAGCAAUCUCCAGACGUCGGUCGGAUUGUCGCCCUGGACGAAGCACACAAGUUCAUGAAUGACAGCGCAGAAUGUGCGUCCCUCACGGAUGGACUCUUGCACACGAUUCGCAUGCAGCGGCACAUGGCCGUCCGGGUCAUCAUCUCCACCCAGGAGCCGACCAUUUCGACCAAGCUCCUAGAUCUUUGCUCGGUGACCAUUGUCCAUCGGUUCACGUCCCCAGACUGGCUCCUUGCCCUCAAGAAGCAUCUUGCUGGCGCAUCCAAGCACACCAAGGCCGAUGCGGACGGUCUCUUGGCAGCAACUAGCUCCAGUGACGCGGGAGUUCGCCCUCUGGUUUUGAAGGGCGACGACUACAUGUCUACUUUGUUUUCCCAAAUCGUCUCACUUCGGACUGGCGAGGCCCUCGUCUUUGCACCGAGCGCCGUAAUCGAUGUCGACUACAAUGCCUGUGAUGAGACAGUGGACGAUGAUGGGGUUGUCGAUGAGGGCAGCCAGGAAGUGCUUGAACCUGCUGACGGUACCGGAGCCAAACUUUAUGCAGAAUCCGACAUCGUCCCCAGCCCCAAGAGCAGUGUUGGAGAUGCUUGCUCUACGUCGGAUGACGCGGCGUAUGACAGUGACGAGUCCGAGUACUUUCCAAGUCCCAAGAAACUUGGAGAUGGUGUUCUGAAGCUGCGUAUCCGCAUGCGAGUGACAGCCGACGGCGGAAGAAGCGUCAUGGCUCACUGA